GUGGCUGACCUGAAUGACUGGGUCUGACUCCUUGGAUGAAAUCUCAACUAACUACUACCAUAUUAUCUUUCUUUAUCCCUUGAUAACUUCUUUCUUCUUUCUUUCUUUCUCUACUUCCUCCUCUCACCAUAACACAUACAUAGCCAUUCUCUACCCUAAUCAAUCCUAUUGAUUACAUUCAUACUAUCAACAAUGGCAACCGUCACCUUCAAAGACGACCUCCCCAACACCACAACCACAACAACUCCAAAGAAUAAAACAACCACCCUCCGCCGCUGGCUCACCUUCUCAACCUCAACCUCAUCAUCCCAUCGCCGCCGCCGCCGCUCCUCCUCCCCACGCCCAAAACCAACCCGCAGACCUACCCCAAAACCCACCAUUAACACCACCACCAGUACAUCAACAUCAACAUCAACAACAACCCGUCUCUACCGAAGAGUAACCCUCCCGCGCCGCUCCUCCAAAUCCAAAACCAAGACGAGAACAAUAAUCCAUCCUGAUGACGAUACACAACCUACAUCGCUACUUACAUCCAUAAACACCACUACCAACACAGGCACACCCACAGCCCAUCCAACAGAUACUACCAACCCAAUCACACCCCCACCCACAAGCCCUACCUCCCCCUCAAGCACUACCAAUAACAAAAUCCGCGCACGCUCUCCCCUCUCCCCCCUCUCACCCCUAAGUCUCAACUUCAGUACACUAUUCAACCUAUCUCCACGAUCCAAAACCAUCGAGGAAUCGUCAUCAUCAUCAUCGACAUAUUCAUCGUCAUCGGCAUCGGAGAUACAUAUCCCCCCGCCGACUGUAUCGCAUGAGCAGCUGACGAGUUCGUAUGCGGAGUAUUGUGAGGCGUUUACGGAGGGGCGGACGGAGGAGAGUUUCCUGUAUCAGGAGGAAAAGGAGGGGGAGGAAUAUGGAGAUAAGGGUGUUCGGCCGGUGAAGGAGAUUGUGAUUAAGGGGGAGAAGGGGUGUUUGGAGGAGAGGUGUAGGGGGAAGGAGGGUGUAGGGGGAGGGGGACAAUGUGUGGUGGAUACAAAGGAGGAAGAAACAAAGGAAAAUGGUGAUGGGGACAGGGCUAUUCCGUGCAGUGAUGAUCAAAGGGAGAUUCUACAUUGGUUACGGGAGUCGGAUGAGGAGGAGCAGGAUAGUGGCAGCAAUGCUGAAGAUGUACCGCUGCGGGUGUCUCCCCCCGCGAGGAUCCUCACGCCGGCUCGAUAUGAACAGUCGCGACGGGCGGCGAGACAACCUCAGCAUGGGAAGCAGGAGCACCACGAGGAUCAGCGACAUGCGUGGUGGACUGCACUCCGGGUGGGGUGGACGCGCAUGCGCCGCCGAACCAGCAGGGCUGCCAAUCCCGACUACAAUUAGACUAAUUCCACGCUGCACUGCAUAAGACAAGAAUCAAUCAAUAAAUUCGUGCAACGUCGCUAGCCCAAUGGGAUCCCCAGAAAUGGCCGCAAGGGAUGUCGAUGCACCCGUCGGUUGCAAUCACAAGAAAC